GACAAAUUAUAAACUGAGUUCUGAUACUAGAUACAUAUUUAGAAUCUGAAUGUCUCUUAUUUGAAGAUUACAAAGUGUUCUAUAUUAAUAAACUUGGCUUACACUAGAUGAUGCUGUGGCUUUCUGAAAUUUUAUCGCCCAGCCGAAACCCGCUCAGGAGAGCAAUAAAUCACGCUACUAAGGAUGACGUACGCUAUAAACAAUAUCAAGAGCACUUAACUGACAUGUCGCACAGCUUGCCGCGCCAAAAACUAAACAUGUCGCACGCAUUCUGUCAGCCACACACGACGGUGAGCUCGGCGUCGCCGAGAUAUUUCGAUCCUUGGACGGCCGUAUGCUGGACUCAGCAUGGACAACAGUAUUCAAGUCACUCAUUGUCAUUCAUACCAUGAUAAGAGAGGGACGGCAAAACACAACACUGAAGCAUCUUGCCAGCAACCCGCAUCAGUUAUUGGCUAUUAAUGAAAAAGUAAAGAGAAAAGAUCAGAAUCUGAAAACGUACGUUGAGUAUCUCACGCAGCGCGCUAAAUCAUAUUCAAUAUCCAAAAUUGAUCCUAUAAGAGCAGACUCAGGGCAUCUAGCCGCAUUUGGCAUUGGGUAUGAGAUGCUUCAGGAAAUUGUGAGCAUACAGGAUAUGAUAUCUACACUCUUAGCAUGUGGAGUUUUGUUAUCAGAACCGCAGGACGAUAUUUCCCUCGCGGCGUUCAGACUUCUAAUCAAGGACCUCAUUGUCAUGUAUCUUCUUAUAAAUGAAGGCAUGAUCAUCAUACUGCGUCAUUUUUCCGAGCUUUCAAGACCUGACGCCAAGAGGGCAGUGCACAUAUAUCAAGUAAGCGUAGACCUUGCGAACGAAGUUGUGGGUUACUUCUCUGUAGCGGCGAGGUAUAAAAAUGUAUCAUUGGGGAUGCCAAA